AUGGCACGCACUAAACAGACCGCCCGGAAAUCUACCGGAGGCAAGGCUCCCCGCAAACAGCUGGCGACUAAAGCAGCAAGGAAGUCUGCACCUGUCGCUGGAGGGGUGAAAAAACCUCACAGAUAUCGCCCUGGAACCGUUGCACUGCGUGAAAUUCGCAAGUUUCAAAAAAGCACAGACCUGCUCAUCAGGAAAUUGCCUUUCCAACGCCUUGUCCGCGAAAUUGCCCAAGACUUCAAGACAGACCUUCGGUUCCAGAGUCAGGCUGUCCUCGCCUUGCAGGAGGCGGCAGAAGCAUAUCUUGUGGGUUUGUUUGAAGACACGAACUUGUGUGCCAUCCACGCGAAGAGGGUUACCAUCAUGCCAAAGGACAUUCAAUUGGCCAGACGAAUCCGUGGUGAACGGUCGUAG